AUGCAGAGCAGACAAGGAUACUGCAGCUACUGCUGCGUGCGCUAUAGUAACCUGGAACAGCACAUGGCCAGUGCCCAGCACAGAUACUUGACCACCCAGAAUCGACAGAGGAUGGGCACCACGAGCUUGAUGGAACGAUUCCUGCAGGACGUGCUCCGGCACCACCCAUAUCAUUCUCAAGAAAACAGAUCAACCCAACAUGAGAGACUUCUUAUGAAUACUGCGCCACCUCCUGAAGUGGUUCCUGUUGAUGAUUCUGUUUCUGAAGAAGCAACUGAGGAUGCUGCUGGCGUAAAAGGAGAGAGCUCUAGCAAGGGUUCUGAACCUAGUAAAGAGUUACAUGCUAGACCUGGCAAAUCUCAGGAAUGUAUACAGGGUGUUUCAGUAAGACCAUCAGUUAUUCAAAAACUGGAGAAGGGACAGCAGCAACCCUUGGGUUUCAUUCAGAAAAUUGGGAGUGGCAUGAAAGAAUUUAACCCAGUUGGUAUUGGUCAAGCUACACAUACUAGACCAAGCUUAAUAUGUCCGUCAGUGAUUUCUAGUGCUCCUGCUAGUUGUUUAGCUGGAAGUUCCUUUGACAGACCAGUUACACCUAAAACAACUAAGUUAGCAGCAGCAGCCAGUUCGGAUUCAGUCAGAAAAUGUGACCCGAACAAAGUUGACAGAUACCUUGAACAGCCAGACAGGGGCUCUAGAAAUCCUGUGCCGCCGUCCAACCUAGAAACUUCAGUUUCGUAUCAGAAACCUAAAGAACCAAAUAGGAAAUCUUUAGGUACAAAUUCAGAUAAAUUGAUUAUACAGGAAGCUGUAAAAUCUCAGCGUAAAGCUUUGUCAGCUGGCGCUAAAGUCCGUGAAUUUAUGGGUACUGAAGGCUCCUUAAAAUCUGAAUCUCUUUCCAAAUUAGCUGUCAACCAAGCAAUCAGCCUGAAUAAAAGUGGCAUGCCUUCUAAUAAGGGAACCUUUGAAGAUGCUACAGCAAAGCACCGUGAGAAAUUCCUUUCUGGUAUGGAUCAUACCCAAGAGGAAAAGCAUUUGGUUUUUAAUAAGUCAGCCUUUUUAGAACAGAAGAGCUCAGUGAUUUCUGCAGUGAAAUUUGCUCGUGGCUCUCUUCAGUCAGCGUCUGAUCAACCCGAAGAGACUGCACAAGACCUUUGGAAGGAGGAGCAAACUGACCAAGAAGAUAAAAACUAUGAUUCGAGAGCUUCUGAAAUGAGUUUUGACUGCAGUUCCCCUCGUUCACUGACUGAUGAAUCUAAGGUGACUGCCAAAGAAGUAGACCUUUCAAAGGAAGCGUACGCAGAUUUGCAGUGUAAGAAUAAGACAUCUUUCAUUUCUGUGGUGAGUUCGGAUCGUGAUGGCUCUCUUCCUUUAGCUACCAACCGAACUCAAGUAAUCGUUAAAGGUGUAAGUGCUCAGAAGGCAAAGCCUAUUAGCCUGGUUGAUGAAAGCUAUGAAUCUAGUGAUUCUGAGAUUAAUUUUGAAUGUGAUGCCUUACUUCAAUCAACUGAUGACUACCCCCGGCAACCUGCAAAAGAAGGAAACCUUCCUAAAGAGGAACACAUUGACUUGGUUGAUAAGAACUAUGGAUCUAGUAGCUCCGAAGUAAGUACUGAUUCUCCGUUUCCUCUUCAGUCAGUAGGUGACCAACUCCCAGUGGCUGUCACAGAAGCAAAACUUGAGAAGGUUCACAUCGGCUUGGUUGAUAAGAACUAUGGUUCAAGUUGUUCAGACACAAGUAUUGAUAACGAUGCUUCUCCUCAGUCUGUAGUUGAGCAUCCUCACCUGGUUGUCAAAGAAAGAAAUGUAAAGGAUAGACAGGUCUACCUGAAAGAUAAGAACCUUAAAUCCAGCAGUGCUAAAGCCCAUCUUGAUUAUGCUGUCUCCCUUGAGACAGUGACUGAUGAAUCUCAGAGGGCUGUUGAAGACAUACACCUUCUGGAAGAGAAGAAUGAACCUGUGGAUAUGAACUAUGAUUCUCAUGGUUCUGAAAUGAGUUUUCACACUGAUGCUCGAUUGGUGGCUGGCCAGUCUGGAGUAAUAGUUAAAAAAGUGAACGCUCGAGAAGUAGCUCUUGACCUGGAGGAUAAGAGUGUUAAAUCUAGCAAUUCUGAUCAAAGUUCUGAUUCUCGUGCCUCUCUUUAUCAGUCACCUAGUGAUCAACGUGAAAUAAGUCUGAAAGAGUUAAAUGUUGACAUGGAAGUUAAGAGCUAUGGGUGCUCCAGUUCUGAGCUGACUUUUGAAUCUGAUCCCCCUGCUAUGUCAGGUACUGAACAUUCUGAGAUGGACAUGGAAGAAAUAAGAAAGAGGCACAUUAACUUGGAAGGUGAGCACUCUGGGUCAAAUAGUUCUGCAAUAACUUUUGACUCUGAUAUUCUUCUUCGCUCAGGAGUUGACCAGCCUCAAGUAGCUAUUUAUGUGGAAGAACCGAGUCAUCUGGACAAUCAGACUAAUAAAUCUUGUGUUGCUGAAGUAACUUUUGAUUCUGAUAUACCUGUUCAUUCGGGGACUAAUCAACCUGAACUGGCUGUUAAAGACAUAAUCAUUCAGAAGGAAGAAUAUAUACACUUAGGGAGGAAGAAUGAUGAACCCAGUGGUUCUGAAAUAAGUUUGGAUUUUUAUGUCCCUUCUCAUUCAGUGACUGACCCUCCUGAAGUAGCUAUGGAAAAGCUAAAUCUUCAAAAAGAAGAGCAGAUAUACUUAGAAAAUAAGGACAAUGAGCCUAGUGGUUCCGAAUUAAGUUUGGAUUAUGGUAUUUUUCAUUCAAUGACUGGACAUUCUAACAAUCCCCUUAAAGAAAUGAAUCUUCAGGAAGAGUGCAUACACUUGGGAAAUAAAGGUAAUGGGCCUAGUGUUUCUGAAAUCAGUUUGAAAUCUGACCUUUCUUAUCAUUUAAUGACUGAUCAUCCUAACAUAGCUGUUAAAGAAAUAAGCCAUCAGAAGGAACACAUGUACUUACAAGAUAAGGAUAAUGCAUUAAGCGUUUAUGAAACAAGUUUGGAUCCUGGUGUCCAUCUUCAUCAGUCAGUGACUCACAAGCCUGAAACCGCUGUUAAAGAAAUGUGGCUCCAAAAAGAAAGGCAUGCUAAAUUCAAAAGUAAAAGUCCUAAAUUUAGUAGUUCUGCAACAGGUUCUGACAUCCCUCAUUAUUUAGUGACUGAACCUCAGAUAGCAGUCAAAGAAAUCAAUGUUCAGAAAGAACAACAUGUUCUAGAAAAAAAGAGUGAUAAAUACAGCAGUUCUGGAAUAAUGUUUGGGUCUCAUGUCCUUCCACACUUAAUGACUGAAACGCCUCACAUUGCUGUUUUGAAGGAGGACCGUGUUGUCCUAGAAGGUCAGAGUACUGGAGCUAGAGGUUUUGCAGUAAAUUUGGAUACUGGUGCCCCUCUUCAUUCAGUCAUUGGCCAACCUCAGCUAACCCGCCUGAAGGAACAAAAUGUUCAUCUGGAAGAUAAAAACCGUGAAUCUAGUCAUUUUAAGAUAAGAUAUGAUUGUGGUGACCCUCAUCAGCUAUUGACUGGACAAUUUAGGGAAGUGGUUAAGAAAACAAACCUGAGGAAGGAAGGGAAAGUUGUAAUGAAAAAUAAAAAGGUUCAAACUAAAGGUUCUAAAUUAAUACGCUCUUCUGGUGUUUCUCUUCAGUCUGUGGCUGAUAAACCUGAAGGGGCUAUUAAACGAGUAAAUCCAGAGAAUGAAGGUCAUGUGAACGUGGAAGAUAAGAGCAGCCAAUGUAGUGGUUCUGAAGUGAGUUUGGAUUCUGAUUUCUUGGUUGAGUCAAUAAUUGAUCAACCUCAAGUAACUAUUUUGGAUCAGGACCAUACUGAGCUAGUAGAAGAUAAGCACAGUCAAUCUGGUGGUUCUGAAAUGAGUUUUGAUUCUGAGGAUCCUCUUCAGUCAGUGGCUGAGCAGGUUAGAGAAACUGUUAAAGAAAUAACCCUUUGGAAGGAUGAAGUUGAUGUGGAAGAUAAGAGGGAUGAAGCUGAUGUGGAAAAUAAGAGGGAUGAAGCUGAUGUGGAAGAUAAGAGGGAUGAACCCAAGGGUUUUGAAAUGAUGUAUGAUUCUAAGGUCCUCUGUCAGUCAGUGGCUGCCCAAACUGAAGAAGUCGUUAAGGGGAUGAACCUUUGGAAGGAGCAUGUUGACAUGCAAGGGACGAUUGUGGAACCUAGUGAUCCUAAAAUAAAUUUUGAUUCUAAUGAACCUCUUCAGUCUGUGCCUAAUGAAAUUCAAGAUGCUAUUGCAGAAAUAAAUCUUCUGAGGGAAGGACAUGUUUGUCUGGCUGAUAAGGACUAUGAACCCAAUGAUUCUGAAAUAAUUUAUGUUUCAAAUGUCCCUCUUGAAUCAGUGGUUGAGCAACCACACCUUUUGGAAGGGGAACAUGCCAGUUUGGAAGACAAGAGCACUAUCGCUUGUCCUGAAAUAACUUUCAUUUCUGAUGGUCAUCUUCAGUCAGUGGCUGACCAGCUUCAAAAAUCUGUUAAAGAAGUCAGUCUUUGGAAGGAAGACCAUAUUUACCUGGAAGAUAAGAGCUACAAACUAGGUGACUUCGAGGUAAGUUAUGAUUCUGAUGUUCCUGUUCACUUUGUGAUUGAUCAGUCUCCUUUGGCUGUCAAAGAAAUAAACUUGCAAAAUGACCUAGAAAAUAAGAGCUGUGGACCUAGUGUUUUUGAAAUAAAAUGUGAUUCUGGUAUUCAUUUGCAGUUAGAAGUUGACCAGUCCGAAGUGGUGUGCAAAGAAAUAGAUCUUCCGAAAGAAGGGCAUCUUGGCAUGGAAGUAAAGACCAGUGAACCUAGUGAUUCAGAAUUAAUGUGUGAUUCUGAUGUCCCUCUUGAAAUAGUGGUUAAUGAACUUCAAGUGUCAGUUAAAGAAGCAAAUCUUCGAAAGAUGCUCUUUGUGGACCUGGUGACCAGUGAUAGUGAUUGUGAAGUGAUUGCGGAGUCUGAUAUGCCUUUUCAGCCAGUGAUUGACUCACCUCACAUGACUGUCAAAGAAAUUAAUUGUAUAAAUACGGAAGGCUAUGAUCUAGAAGGUGAAUGCUGUGACUCUUGUGGUUCUGAAAUAGGAUAUGUUUGUGAAGCCUCUCCUCAGUCACUGGCAAACCAGUGCAAAGAGACUUUCAAAGUGGUAAACCAGAAGAAAGACUAUAUCAUUCUGCAGGAGUCAAGCUGUGAGUCUUACGGUUCCGAAAUAAAUUUUCAAAUCGACCCCCCAGAUCGGUCUGUGACUUACUCAUCACAAGAGUCUGAUAAAGAAAUGGUGAAAAUUAUUGACUCAGAAGAGAAGAGUUGUGAAUCGGAUAGUCCUAAAACAGAUUUUAAAUGGGAAGACGAUGCUGAGCCAACGGCUGAGCAGCUCCAGGAAGAAGACAAAGGAAUCAACAUUUGUCAAAGGAAAGGUCUAGAAACCGGUGGCCGAAAAGAAAAGCACUGUGAAGCUACUGUUUCUGCAGUGCGUUGUAGUGUCUCUUCUGGGUCAGCAGUCCAUCAGAGGGCUAGUAAGGGAAAGAUUUUGAAGUUAAAACAUGCAGAUCCAGAAAGUAUGAGCUGUGAACCAUGUGGUUCUGGAAUGAGUUUCCAGUGCUCUCUUCAAUCUGACGCUGACCAGCCUCAAGAAGCCGUUAAUAAAACGGGACUCUACAAGAAGAUGUCUCUGGACCCAGAAGAAACAAACCGUGAUUCCCACCCAACCUCUAUUUUCAUAGUUGAUCCUGCCAGGAACCUGGAAAAGGUAAAGGAAGUCAUAGAAGACGAUCCUGAUGAACCUGUCCUUGAAGCCUUGCCUCAUGUCCCUCCUUCAUUUGUGGGGAAAACGUGGUCUCAGAUAAUGAGAGAAGAUGACAUGAAAAUUAAUGCUCUUGUGAAAGAAUUUAAGGAAGGUCGUUUCCACUGUUACUUUGAUGAUGACGGUGAGACCAGGAAGAUAAAAAAAAAAAAUUUGAAUGAAGAAAAAAAGAUUACCUGGACUGACGCGAGUCAGGACACUACCGCAAUUCAAGUUCUUUCAGAUUGUGAUGAUAAUGUAGGUGGCGUUUCAGAUACCGAUGACUUUCCAGUGGCCUUAGAUAAAUCUAGCCAUCAUUCUACAGUCAAGAGGCCUUAUUAUGAACAAUCAUGGCGACUGGCUGCUCGAUGUCAGGCUGUAAAAGUCAGCCAUGGAACUCAAACCAAUUUCUCAAAUCAGUCAGACACACAAGACAGUGGACAGGAGGACGACUCGCCAACAGGGAAGCGUUCGCUUCAACAGGACAAAAAAACAAAAAAGAAAGUGAAAAUUGGAGCACACGAAUAUCCUGAAACAUGUACUAAAGUUCUGAAGCCUUUGCAACCCAAUGCCUUAGUCUACGUUAUUUCUUCAAACAUGAAAUUUCAGGACAGUGAAACUGCCAACUUCGCUAAAAAAUACCGCACCCCCAGAAGUCGGGAUGUUAGCAUAGAGUACAAAUACAAACGGAGCUCCUUUAAUUACUAUGACCCACUGAGUAAGGAAAUUGUAAUUAAUCCUCCUCUGAGCAUAGAUGUAUCAGACCCUGACAGAGUUAACUGGCUUCAAGCUAGUCUCAGCGACCUGAGCUCCAGUUCAGGUGAUGAAGACGCUGAAGACUGUGACCCAACAUCCGUUUUGACCAUAAGAGAUGAAUUGCUGGCCUAUCCGGGGGCCCCUGUUUCACCUGAGCGAGUGCCACGGCCGGGGACUUCGGGGACUUCCCGCGCGGGCGCAGCUCCGAAGGAAAGUAAUUUCCAGGUAACGCUCGUCACCAGCGACGCCGCCGGGACCUCUUCGGAAGCAGGUACCGGGAAGUUCUCAGAAGGUAAAAAGAAAAUUCAGAGGAGGGUGACAACGAAUGAUGACAAGCCAGACUUCCCCACGAAGGUUUAUAAACCGAUGAGUCUCCAGGCACAGCCCAGGAUCGCUUCCGAAAGACGGCCAAUUUGGAUUCAGACCAAAGUAAACGAUAUCAUUCGAAAGUAUCUUUCAAAAUACUCUUUCCUGCGUCGCAAGUAUCAGUCCAGGAGCGCCUUUCUCCGACUGCAUCUUAACCAGAAGAAAUGCGAACCCCCCAAGGCGAAGGCGGCGGCGAGGAGCACCACCCAUAUGGUUUUGAGGUCGUCGGUUCCGCCGGUGCCCGCAGAUCCGCCGGUUCCCUCGGAUCCGCCGGUUUCCCCGGUCCCGCGGCUUCCCUCGGCCCCGCGGGUUCCCCCGGUCCCGCGGCUUCCCUCGGUUCCCUCGGUCCCGCGAGCUCCGCCGGUGGCGGCUGGGGCGGCCGGGCCGGCUGAGGGGCGGUCCCUCCCGACCCCCGGCUCCGCCCCCAAGCCGCCGGGGCAGGGUGGGGCAGGCAGGAGGAGGAAUGGUAAGAAACGCUCUCGGAAGAAGAGAAGACGACUCUCCCGACCCGUGAAGAUCUACGCUUUGAGAAGCCUGUAUUCCCAGGUGCCCUACUCCGACAGGAUGAGGACUCGGCUCUCAAGCAAGCGAGAGGCCAACGAGACCGCCUAG